AUGCAGCUAUGUUGUCGCGCAUUCUCAAGACCAUGUUUGUCACUCAGAUCUCACCUGGCCUUGCAGAAAUGUACACCUAACUCCAGAGCGAUUCGCUGUGCAUCAACACGGCGAGUGAUCGGCAACCUCGAAACGAGAAUUGGAGACAUACCUCUCGAACGAUACCGAAACUUUUGCAUCGUUGCGCAUGUUGAUCAUGGCAAAAGUACGCUCAGUGACCGUCUGCUGGAGCUUACGGGUACGAUCGAGCCCGGAGGCAAGAAACAAAUCCUCGAUAAAUUGGAUGUCGAGAGGGAACGUGGCAUUACCGUGAAGGCACAGACAUGUAGCAUGAUCUACAAUCAUAAGGGAGAUGACUACUUGUUACACCUUGUCGAUACUCCUGGCCAUGUGGAUUUCAGGGCUGAGGUGACAAGAAGCUACGCUAGCUGCGGAGGUGCGUUGCUGCUAGUAGACGCAAGUCAAGGAGUGCAGGCUCAGACUGUUGCAAAUUUCUAUCUCGCCUUCUCCCAAGGUCUGCACUUGUUGCCGAUAAUCAACAAAAUUGAUUUACCUUCUGCUGAUCCCGAACGGGCUCUCCAACAAAUCCAAGAAACAUUCGAACUUGAUUCAAAAACAGCUGUUCUCGUAUCUGCUAAAACUGGUCUCAACGUCGGAGAAGUCCUACCAUCAAUAGUCGAACGUAUCCCUCCGUAUGUAAUCCCCAGGGCAGACCUAGCCUAUGCUUAUCAUCAUAGGCCAUCGGGAGAUUCGAGCAAGCCAUUGCGAAUGCUACUGGUCGACUCAUGGUACUCAACCUUUCGGGGAGUCGUGCUGCUUGUCAGACUUUUUGAUGGUACUCUCAAAGUUGGCGAACAAGUACGCUCAUUUGUGACCGGCAUCAAGUACACCGUUGGAGAAGUAGGAAUCAUGUACCCAGAUCAAACGCCUCAGACACUGCUGAGGGCUGGUCAGGUAGGCUAUGUAUAUUUUAAUCCAGGUAUGAAGCGAAGUCAAGAGGCCAAGGUCGGUGAUACUUUCACCACAGUUGGCAAUGAGAAGAAUGUCGAGCCCUUGCCUGGAUUUGAAGAACCUAAAUCCAUGGUCUUUGUCGCAGCGUUUCCCGUCGAUCAAAGCGAGUAUGGACGUAUAGAAGAUAGCAUUAACCAUAUCCUGUUGAACGACAGGAGUGUGACAGCACGAAAAGAGUAUUCAGAGGCCUUAGGCGCUGGCUGGAGGCUUGGCUUCCUUGGAACGCUACAUUGUUCGGUUUUUGAGGAUCGUCUUCGCCAAGAACACGGGGCGAGCAUCAUCAUAACCCCGCCUACCGUACCAGUCAAGGUCAUAUGGGCAAACGGCAAAGAAGACGUCGUUCGAAACCCUGCUGAUUUUCCAAAUGAGACGAACCGAGCUCUUGUAGCCGAGCUGCAAGAGCCUUUUGUUCUUGUCACCAUCACUCUUCCAGAGGAGUAUCUAGGGAAAGUCAUUGAGCUCUGCGAGGGUAACCGAGGCGAACAACAAGCAUUCCAAUACUUUACGGCCACCCAAGUAAUCCUGAAAUAUACACUGCCGCUCACUCAAUUGGUGGAUGACUUUUUUGGGAAGCUCAAAAGCCUGACAAAAGGGUACGCCAGUCUGGAUUACGAAGAAGCUGCAUGGCAGAAGAGUAACAUUGUCAAGUUGCAAUUGCUCGUGAACGGCAGCAUCGUUGACCCAGUCUCCAGAGUCGUUCACACAAGCCAAAUCGAGAGACUUGGACGAGAAUGGGUGACCAAAUUCAAGGAGCAUGUCGAACGCCAACUCUUCCAGAUCAUCAUUCAAGCAGCUGUCGGCCGGCGAAUCAUUGCACGAGAAACCAUUAAGCCCUUCCGAAAGGAUGUGCUCGCUAAGCUCCAUGCGGCUGAUGUGUCCCGCCGUCGAAAACUGCUCGAGAAGCAAAAGGACGGCAGAAAGAGACUCACCGGUAAGCAGGCAUAG